AUGAAGUUCAAUCUUGCCAUUGCAGGAGCUGUGCUCCCAUCCCUUGCUCUGGGUUUCCCUCAGAUGAUGGGCGGUACCAAGCAGGACAUGGUCAACAUGCUCAAAGAGAGAGCCGCUAAAGAGGAGAUGGCAAAGAGGGAUCCUCAGCUUCUGAACGCUGUCGGCGGUCUUCUCGGAACGAUUGUCAGCGAUGUCAAUGGUCUUCUUGGAUCUGUCGCUCAAGGUCUUUUGAACCCCAAUGACAAGCGUCCCGAGCCUGGCUACACUUUCCUGGCACCUGGUCCUAACGACAGCCGUGGUCCUUGUCCUGGUCUCAACCUCCUUGCCAACUACGGCUACUUGCCUCGCAACGGUCACGUCAACUUCGGUCAAGUCCUGGAGGCCACCGCACGUGGUUUCAACAUGGGUACCGAUCUUGCUGCUGUUCUGGCCGUCUUCUCCGUGCUGGCUGAUGGCGACCUUGUCACAGAGUCCUUUUACCUCGGUGCUGGACCCAACAAUGUCGGAGGUCUGAACCGUCACUCUACCGCCGAGGCUGAUGUUUCCCCUCACCGUGAGGACUACUACACCGGCUGUGGUGACAACCACCACGUCUCUUCCCGCCUUGUGCAGCAGGGUGUUCAGAUCAUUAAGGCCGGCAACGGUCAGUACGACAUGGCAGCAAUGGCUCAGCAGUACGCCAAGAACGCCGACUUCAGCAAGAAGUACAAUCCUUUCCUCUAUGCGUUCCCCUUCCCCCAGAUUGUAUCGCUUGGUGCUUUCGCAUUCUACCCUCAGUUCUUCAGCAACGGUACCUACGGUCUUGGCGGUGUCCCCAAUUACGAGUCUGUCUCCAGCAUCGUCGGCUUCGAGCUUGACAAGAGCACUGGCAACUUCAAGUACGUCCCUGAGAAGUGGCCCACCAACUGGUACCGCCGCAGCUACCCCUACGGAGCUAUUCAGGCCAUCGCAGAUGCCUUCCUCCAGAUCUAUCCCUCCAACAUCAUCGUCCCUGGUCUCUCUCAACUCGGCACGCCCAACUUCAAUGUCACCAACAUUCUUUGUGAUGUCUUCCAGGGUAUCCGCUCCAUCACUCCCCUUGUAAUUGCUGGGACUGAAAAGGAUGCUGCUGUUGCCGCUGACUGGGCUAUCAACAAGCUCGUCCCUUACCUUGGUGUCGGUGCUCUUGGCUGCCCCCUUGACACCCUUUCUCCUGACCAGGGUGACAUUCUUUUCCCCAGCGCUACUCGUACUGGUGGUCCCAUCAACUCCCCUUCCGCUCAGGCUAAGAGAGCUGGUAACAAUGUCUACAACAAGGUCUACUUCAAGACUGCGCCCACCACCCCUGCUUGCAACGCUUAA